AUGAAACAGCUCAUGUGCUUUCUCUUCUGGUUGUUUCUGUCGGAGGCCCACGGCUUGGAAAUCCCCACAAAUGAACUUCCUGAAUUUGCAGAAUAUGGCGACCUUGUGGAAACGGCCCCAGGCAAAUUUCAAUUUGUUCCAGAGAACCGGAGGUAUCAGAGAAGCGUUUCUGGAGACUCUGGAGAAACGAUGGGUGAUGUUGACCAAGUAACACUUUAUAGCUACAAAGUUCGGUCCACAAUUACAUCUCGUAUGGCCAAUACUGUCAUCCAGAGCAAGAUGGUUAACAACUCGCCACUACCUCAGAAUGUCAUGUUUGAUGUUCAGAUUCCCAAAGGAGCUUUCAUUUCCAACUUUAACAUGACGGUUGAUGGCACAACAUUUACCAGUUCCAUUAAGGAGAAAUCUACAGGCCGAGCACUCUACUCACAGGCACGAGCAAAAGGCAAGACCACUGGACUGGUGAGGAGCAGGGCUCUCGAUAUGGAGAACUUCAAAACCGAAGUGAACAUUCUCCCUGGAUCAAAGGUGCAGUUUGAACUUCAGUACCAAGAGGUGAAGUGGAGGAGACUGGGAUCCUAUGAACACAGGAUUCAUCUGCAGCCUGGGAGACUGGCCAAACACUUGGAGGUGGAUGUGUGGAUUAUUGAACCCCAGGGAAUGAGAUUUCUUCACGUUCCCAACACAUUUGAAGGACAUUUUGAAGGUGUUCCAGUCAUAUCUAAAGGAAACCAAAAGGCACAUAUCUCCUUCAAGCCCACAGUAGCACAGCAAAGAAAAUGCUUUAACUGCUCUGAGACAGCAGUGGAUGGAGAGCUGGUGGUGAUGUAUGAUGUGAACAGAGAAGAGAAAGCUGGUGAACUUGAGGUUUUUAACGGGUAUUUUGUCCACUUCUUUGCUCCUGACAACCUGGAACCAAUUCCAAAAAAUAUCCUCUUCGUUAUUGACGUCAGUGGCUCCAUGUGGGGAAUUAAAAUGAAGCAAACUGUGGAAGCUAUGAAGACCAUAUUGGAUGACCUAAGAGCUGAAGACCAAUUCUCUGUAGUUGAUUUCAACCACAACGUUCGAACAUGGAGAAGUGAUUUGGUUUCAGCCACUAAAACACAGGUUGCAGAUGCCAAGAAGUACAUUGAGAAAAUCCAGCCUAAUGGAGGCACAAAUAUCAAUGAAGCACUUCUACGAGCAAUCUUUAUUUUGAAUGAAGCCAAUAACCUGGGAUUACUGGACCCCAACUCAGUCUCUCUGAUCAUUUUGGUUUCUGAUGGGGACCCAACAGUAGGAGAACUUAAAUUGUCAAAAAUUCAGAAAAACGUGAAACAGAACAUUCGCGACAAUAUCUCCUUGUUCAGUUUGGGGAUAGGAUUUGAUGUUGACUAUGAUUUUUUGAAAAGACUCUCCAAUGAAAAUCGUGGAAUUGCUCAAAGGAUUUAUGGAAACCAGGACACUUCUUCUCAACUUAGGAAGUUCUAUAACCAAGUCUCGACACCAUUGCUCCGGAAUGUCCAGUUCAACUAUCCUCAUGCAGCAGUAACGGAUGUCACUCAGAACAGUUUCUACAACUAUUUUGGAGGCUCAGAGAUUGUGGUGGCAGGAAAAGUUGACCCGACUAAACUGGAGCAAAUGCAGAGUAUUAUCACCGCAACGACGGCCAGCACAGACUUGGUCCUGGAAACCCUGGCACAGAUGGAUGACUUAGAAGAUUUCCUAUCAAAAGAUAAGCAUGCAGACCCUGAUUUCACCCGAAAAUUGUGGGCUUAUCUAACAAUCAACCAACUCCUAGCUGAAAGAAGCCUGGCUCCUACAGCUGCUGCCAAAAGGAAAAUUACAAGGACAAUCCUGCAGAUGUCUCUGGAGCAUCACAUUGUAACCCCGCUCACUGCAAUGGUGAUUGAGAAUGACGCUGGCGAUGAGCGGAUGCUGGCAGACUCCCCCCCACAUGACCUCGCCUGCUGUUCAGGCGCUCUGUAUUAUGGAAGCAGAGUCUCUCCAAGUGCAGUCCCACCAUGGGCCAACCCUUCACCAACACCAGAGACCUCCCAGCAUGCAAUAGGAGCUCCAGUGAUUGAGACAACACCUCCUCAUGUAAUAAGAGUUGAAAAUGAUCCACACUUCAUAAUUUACCUUCCAAAAAGCCAAAAGAAUAUUUGUUUCAAUAUUGACUCAGAACCUGGAAAAAUUCUCAACCUGGUGUCUGAUCCAGAGUCAGGGAUUUUGGUCAAUGGUCAGCUCGUUGGUGCCAAGAAGCCCAAGAACAAUAAAUUAAGCACCUAUUUUGGAAAGCUGGGAUUUUAUUUCCAAAGUGAAGACACAAAAGUAGAAAUCAGCACUGAGACCAUUACGCUGAGUCGUGGUUCCCACGUGUCUGUCCUGUCCUGGGCUGACACAGCACGCUUCACUAGUCAGAGGGUGCUUGUCUCAGUGAAGAAAGAAAAAACUGUAACUAUCACCCUCAAUAAAGAGCUCUCCUUUUCUGUUUUACUUCACCGAGUAUGGAAGAAGCAUCCGGUCAAUGUAGACUUUUUGGGGAUCUACAUUCCCCCCACAAACAAGCUUUCACCAAGUGCACAUGGACUGAUCGGCCAGUUCAUGAAUGAGCCUGAGAUACAUAUUUUCAAUGAGAGGCCAGGAAAGAACCCUACAAAGCCAGAAGCAAGCAUGGAAGUGAAAGGACACAAGCUGAAUGUCACCAGAGGCUUGCAGAAAGACUAUAGAACCAAUAUUGUAUUUGGAACUGAUGUCCCCUGCUGGUUUGUACAUAACAGUGGAAAAGGUUUCAUUGAUGGACAUUACAAGGAUUACUUUGUGCCUCAGCUCUAUAGCUAUCUCAAAUGGCCAUAA